GUAUCUGCGGGGGACGGAGCAUCUCAGACGGGAUGGAGCCGGUCGGUACCCGGCGGCAGCUCCACUGAUCCCCGGCCGCCGGUGAAGAUGUCUGUCUCCGGUAUGAAGAAGCAGCUCCACAAAGCCAGCCAGCUGCUGAACGAGAGGCUGAUGGGAGCUGAAGGAACAAAGAUGGAUGAAGACUUCCUGAAGAUGGAGAAGACUGUUGUGGUCAUCCACUCUCUGCUGGCUGAGCUGCUGUCCAAAACAACGGAGUUCCUCCAGCCAAACCCAGCAUACAGAGCCAAACUGAGCAUGCUCAACACGAUGUCCAGGAUUCGAGGACAGGGGAAGUGGACGGGUUACCCGCAGACAGAGGGCAUGCUGGGAGACUGCAUGCUGCACUACGGCCAGGAGCUCGGAGCUGCUUCUGAAUUUGGCGGUGCUCUGACUGGUGUGGGUGACGCCCUGCAGCAGGUUGCUCAGGCCAGGGACGCUCUGGAUGUCAACGUCAAGCGCACCUUCAUCGACCCUCUGCAGGACCUCCACAACACGGAGCUGAAGGAGAUCCGGUACCAGCUGAAGAAGCUGAACGGCCGUCGGCUGGACUUUGACUACAAGAGGAGACGAAGAGGGAAAGUCCCAGCGGAGGAGGUCCGGCGGGCCUGGGACAAGUUCGUCACCUCCAAGGAGCUGGCAGAGAGCAGCAUGUUCGUCCUGCUGCAGAGCGACGUCGAUCAGCUCAGUCGUCUGGCAGCUCUGGUCGCUGCACUGCUGGACUUUCACCGCAACGCCCACCGCAUCCUGCUGGGUCUCCAUGGCAACCUGCAGGCAAGGCUGACCGCAGCCAGUAACAAACCAGAGCGACGGUUCAGGCCCAAAAAGAUCAGAAGCGAACACAACGGCAGCGUCGGAUUUUACCUCCAGCCGUCCAUCACAUCUGCAGUUUCCUCAGGAGAGCAGCUGACGGUGUUACCGCCCAGACCCGGCAGUCCCGUCUCCUGUUCCGGUAAGAAAACACAGACAAACUUCCACAAGCGACACAAAGCGGACAGUAAGCUGGUCCUGGAUCAGCCCUGUUGCCGGGCGAUGUACUCCUUCCACCCGAACCACGAGGGCGAGCUGGACUUCAGCGAGGGCGACGUCAUCGUCCUCACCAAUCAGGUCGACGCCAACUGGUACGAGGGCGCGCUCGGCGGCCAAUCGGGGCUGUUCCCCGUCAGCUACGUGGACGUGCUGGUGCCUCUGCCGUUACCAUGACAACGUACCAAACAUCCACGCGCUCCGCACUGAACGCAGAAAUCAGAUCGUACGUGCUGAUCAGCAGCAGGAGCGCGUCGUCAAUAAUAUGCAACUGUUCUGCUUCUUAUUUGCACUUUUUUCACAAGCGCAUCAGCAGGCGACGUGUCCGUCUUACAGGAAAGGAAGGCCAUAGUUUCUACUGUAGAGCACUUUAGUUUCUGAGCUCAUGUCGCUAAACAGAAGCUCGGUCAGUAAAUACGCCAUUUUUAGACCGAAGUGUGUGUUUCCCUUUAAGACCUUUAGCUUAAUUUCCUGCACAAAGCUGCUCUUGCCUUCGCAUUACUGCACAUUUCGAUUUCUGUACUCAGACACACAAAUGCAUCCGCGUCGGUCUGAUGCGAUCUGCAUUUCUGAGUAAGAUAGAUUGCAGACUGCUCUGAGCAGAGCACUAUCUGGGUGCAUCCACUAUAAUGUACAAUUUCAUGAUAAGUAUAAAUACAAAACACUAUCUAGUAAGUUUAAUUUACAGUGUGGUUGGUGGUGCCGUGUAUUUUGGGCUGACAGGACUGGACUGCAGCAAUCAUCAGUGUGGUUCACUUUCUACGUUCUGCAUGUGCUCAAAGCAAAGUUAUUGUGACUUGUCUGCACUUUAUCUGAAGCUUUAUGAGACUCAGGCCAGGAAAUGCUUGUUAAACAAACAAAUACACAAUAAAAGAAAAUGCUCAAAUUACGUUUUGCCUUUGACCCGAGACGUUAAACAGGUGGCUAGAUUAACUUCAGCUUCAAGAGCUUCACAUUGCGCCUCUACACAACAGAGAUUAAAUGCGUCUAAAACAAAUUUGUAAUAAAUCAAAUGCUUACAUUACAAACCAGCUGACACAUGGCAAACCUGGGGCCUUAAAUGUUGUCCACCGGGGAAAUACCUGCUUCAGUUUGCAGCUAAACUUCAUGAAACUCAGCAUUUUGAGAAAAUAGCACUCAAUAGUGUUUCUGCAUGUUUUUACUGUUCGAACUCAAAGAAUCAGAUCUGUGGUAGAUUAUUGUCACAAACAUGAACUUAACUGCUGUAAUUAAAGGAACAGUAUUUUGGGAAAAUGUUGAAGAUGGAUAUAAAUUUCAUUUCUGUGCGUCCAAUAGGACAGGUCAGACACAUAUGACCGGUAACGAGUACGCAGAGCGAGCGGGGUUUCCAUAUCUGAGCAUAUCUACAACAGUGUAGAAAUACUCGAGUAAAAGUCCUGCAAUCACAAUUUUGCAUUAGUAGCAGCAAAAUGUACAUAAAGUACGAAAAGUACAAGUAUUAAGCAGAAUGAGCCAUUUCAGAAUAAUAUAUAUUAUAUUAUUGAUUUAUUUGUUGAUUAUAUUUUGAAUUAAUUAUGUGAAUCUGCAGACACAACUAGUAACUAACGUUAUUAAAUAAAUGCAGUGCAGUGCAACAUUUCCCUCUGGGAUGUGGUGGAGCAGAAGUAUAAAGUAGCAUAAAAUCGAAAUACUCAAGUAAAGUACAAGUACCUCAAAAUGUACUUAACUACAGUACUUGAGUGAAUGUGCUUAGUUACUUUCCACCGCUGGUUGUUGGAAGGUGAUUUUUUUUAAACUUUUGUUGGAGCUAGGCUAGCAGUUUCCCCUUGUUUCCAGUCUUUGUGCUAAGCUAGGCUAAACACCACCGCAGUGUCUCUGAACAGGAGACACAGAUGAAACUGAAAUCUGUCUUGUUGGACUGUCCCUGUAAUUUACAGUGGUGUGAAAAAGUGUUCGCCCCCUUCCUGAUUUCUUUUUUUUUUUUGCAUGUUUGUCAAACUUAAAUGUUUCAGAUCAUCAAACU